AUGCACGCUUUGCAUAUAUUUACACUCGCAAUAGCAGUUUUUCUAAUUGUUGAUGCGUUACCUUAUGAACAAUCUAAAGUGUAUACAAUUCCGCUAAAGAAGAAAACAAUCACUCGUCGGAGGGCGCUUAGGCGAGAUGUCGGAAACGUGGAAGUAUCGCAACAACCACCGGACAUUGCAUAUUUUGGAGAAGUUACUUUCGGCGACACACAGACCUUUGAUAUACAAUUCGAUACGGGAUCAGCCGAUUUUUUUGUUACUUCUAUAGACUGUAACUCACCUGCAUGCGAAGUCAAAAACAAAUAUGAUCCAAAUGAAGAUGCAUCAUUCGUAGAUAUUGACAAAACUUUCAGUGUCGAUUACGAUAGAGGAAGCGCAUCAGGACAGACAUCAGGCACGACCUCGAUCAAAAUCGGUGAUUUUACGGUAGAAGCACAAGAGUUCGGAUUGGCUGACACGCUUUCCGAUGAUUUUACUCGCGACGAAUACGAUGGUAUAAUGGGGAUGGCGCUUAGCUCAGCAAGUGAAAAUGGUCAACUCACACCAAUAACGAACCUUAUAAAUAAUAAUAAUCUCGAUCAACCACAAUUCGCUUUUAAGCUUGGGAGAGAUGCAGAUGGUACGGAAAGCGAAUUAACAAUCGGCGGGAUUAAUCAAGCAAGACUCAAUGGUCAACUUACCUGGUCAAAUCUAGCAGAUAAUAAUCGUGGUCACUGGCUGAUUCCUCUUGAUGACUGCUUUGUCGAUGGCCAAGCAUUGAAUUUCCAAGGUCGUAAUGCAAACAUCGAUACUGGAACCACAUUAAUGAUUGUGCCAAUUGCUGAUGCCCGGCAAAUUUAUGCUCAAAUUACCGAAGCCGAAGAGCAAGAUAACGGGCGCUUCUCUUUGCCUUGUGAAAACGAAAACAUAAUUGGUCUGAGAAUCAAUGGUGUGACCUGGAAUAUGGACUUUAGAGAUUUUGUAACCGAAGACGGAGAUGAAUGUUUUGGCGCGAUAGAGGGAGACGAUACAGGAUCAGACACCGAAUGGGUUGUUGGCGCUGCCUUCUUAAAGAAUGUAUACAGCGUUUUUGAUCAAGGCAAUCUACAGGUUGGAUUUGGUCAAUUAGCCUAA